CAACAUUGAGCAAGCGGAGCGCCUCCUUGCCGGCUGUCGUUUCGCCACCUAAUUUCUUCCCUCUGUAAACCAGUCAAACUAGUUUAUUUGGUUACCCCCCACUAUCACCAGAACAGCCAAAAUGACCUGACCAAUGGACACUGCAGUCUCUGCUCUGACAGUGAGUCACAUCUGGAGUAGAUCAUGAAUGACAAGUUAGUCUUCCUGGGCCUUUUGUACUUUGUCCAAGGUAUCCCCUAUGGACUUCAGUCCUCUCUGCUCCCUGUCUACCUGCGUGGAGCUGGUCACUCCCUCACCCGCAUUGGCUUUACCAAGAUCCUCUACUUCCCUUGGGUCCUCAAGGUACUAUGGGCUCCUCUGGUGGACCGGAUAGGCACCAAGCGUCGCUGGCUGGUCGGGACUGUCUCUGGAUUGGCGCUGACAUGCCUCUCAAGUGCUGCCCUGGCCCCUGAGGCUCAUAUUUGGGGGGUUGCAGGGACCCUGUUGGCCAUGAAUGCCCUGGCAUCUGUCCAGGACAUUGCUGUAGAUGGAGCAGCGGUCGGGUUGCUGAAUGGUCGUGGGGAGCUGGGCCUGGGAAACACAGCUCAGGUUGUGGGGUAUAAAGCUGGGUCAGUGUUUGCCGGAGGCGGGCUACUGGCAGUGAUUGACGUGGCUGGAUGGAGCUGGAUGUUUAUGCUGCUGACGUUUGUGUAUGCAGGCGUGGCCCUGUUUGUGUGGGGGGCCCCUGUGCUGGAUGAUGAGCCUGUGAGGAGCCAGCAUUCUGAUGGCAGAAGGGCAGGGCAGGGGGCAGAAGCUAUGAGACCAUGGAGGGUGUGGAGGAAACUCAUGGCAGUGCCCGGCACCCCUUGGACUAUCCUUUAUGUGCUUACAUACAAACUGGGCGAGCAAGGAGCAGUGACGAUGUUCCCCCUAUUCCUGCUGGACCACCACAUGACCGCCAGGGAGCUGGGCUUCUGGAACGGCAUCAUUGCCAUGGGAUUCUCCAUCUGUGGCUCCUCCCUCGGAGGCCUGCUGCUAGCUCAGUUCAGUAUCGGGACUCUGAUGCGACGUGUGUUUGUGUUGCGCACCAUCAGCAUGAUGUUUCAGAGCUCUCUGCUCACCGUGUUGGAACCGUCACCACUCAUGAAAGGUAUGGCGGUCCUUAGUAUGAGUGUUCAGCACUUCCUGGGCGGUCUCAUCACAACGCUCACCUUCACUACCAUGAUGCAUUGCACUCAGAGGGCUGAGGAGAGCGUGCAGGCAACACACUACAGUUUCCUCGCAACUCUGGAAGUGCUGGGGAAGUUGCUGUUCAGUGCCCUGGCCGGAGGUAUGGUGGACUGGGUCGGUUUCCAAGUUGCCUUCCUACUCUUCCUUACCCUCUCUGCCGGGACGGCCCUGCAUGUCUGGACGGCCACCAUCACUGGAGCUCUCAGGGAACAUCAGCUCAAAGAACAGCCCCAGUGACAUGAAGGUUGGGUCAGGAGAGACCUCGAUAGUGAGUGGCACGCAUUGGGCUUUGGAGUAUGGAGGUUUCUAGAUUAGGCGGGUUUGGGUGGUUCAGCAGAUAUGCUGAAUUGUGAAAAAAAUGUGGUAGAGACUAAUAGCCUCGGCAAGCAAAAUGAGGUCCACCCAGACUAUAAAUACUGAAUUGGGCUGUGAGAAGGGAAAUACUGGGGGAAAAGAUAAACGCUGUCCUGUAUGGGUUACCUUAAUGGACGAUCAUCUGAGCCAUCUUAAGUGUGAUGUAAUAAUUUAGCAAUAAGACUUGUAGUCAAAAGCAGUAUCACCAACCUGUAGUGGUUGUUAUGUCAUAUUGUACUGUACAUGUAUCAAUGGCUUUGUCUAUUUCUCCUGUUGCGUGGUUUACAGUUACAAAAGAAUGGAUUGCUGCUACCUCGUAACAACACUGGACAGUACGACACAUAGAAGAGGAUUUAGCUGGAUCAUGUAGAAUGUAAACUCAGUUAGAUAAAUGCUUGAUUUUAAUAUGCUAAACAGUAGCAGGAGAGCUAUUGCAUCUAUCACAUCUAUAGAUGCAGUAUAUAUCAUAUACUGCAUCUGUCAUAUCAGCUAUUCAUUGUAGGCUUAAAUGGCCAGGGUUGAGGAGAUAUGCGUUUCAAUUAAAAGAGGGAAGAUGUAGUUUAGGCCUCAUAAGUCCAAAUUGUCUUUCAAAGUUUAGUGAAAAUCCCGUCUUGGCAGGAGUCGAAAGGACCCUGGUACCUAGCUGUUUAGACAUCAUAGAGAUCCAUAGCUUUACACAUACUGCAUGGGGCCAUCUUACAUUGAGUCGCAGAAUCUGAAGUUUCAGAUGUUUUUUUUAGUAAACUGAUGAAUUCUUGGAGUAACUAUUCUUUGUUGAGUUUGAAAGACCAAUGAUGUUGGCAAAACGGCAAAGCCUGCCUGUAUUGCUGUAAAUCCAGUGGAUCAGUAUAAUAUGUGAUGUACAGUAUAAUAGAUUCUUCACAGUACUGUAGGACGCAUCAAACAACUUUUUCCAGGCUUGAAAUAUUAAACGGAACAGCAACACAGAAUCUUUUGAUUUCUCCAACAUAGAUAGUCUUAAGGGAUUCUCUGUGUAGGUGUCCAUAUUAUCAUGGAUGCUGUUGUACAAUUGGGAAAAAAAAGAGUUGCCGGAGGCCAAUUAAAGGGAAAAAAAGAUGAUGGCGUAGAGCGGUAGACACAAAAGUAGAAUGUAUUCUCUUUAAAUCUUACUAAGUCAACUCAGUUUUGUUACAGCAGGUUCUAUACGCCUGUGCACAUUUUUCACGCCUUAAGUUGAAGAAAAAGCUGAUUGCGCACAACAGUUACCUGCUUUUAUACCCAUCAUGUCCACAAAUGCUAGAAAUAAGACAGCCAUCCUUUGAAAUCCCAUACCAUGUCAUUACAAGGUGAUGCUGACUGAUGUAGCCAAGCCAGCUGUCAUGCACUGUACACUAGAGCACUUGACGCAAAGCACAUCUCUGUCCCUCGUCAGGUUGACUGAGUUUGGCUCAAAAAAAUAA